CUCAUUCUCCCUGCAAAAGGAAAGCCUUCUCAAAUGUCUUGCACAGGGCUCUGCAUGUGUUCUAGUACACUGAAAUGCGGUUGCUGGGAAUGUCCACCCAGAAUGUGAUUUUAUGACAGAGCUGAAGAAAAAGGAGGCUGAAUGUCUAGAAGACCCAGAAGAGCAUGGAAAUGUAACACCAGCAGGUAUCCAUGUGUGAGAGAUUAAAAGACUGAGAAACACCUUACCAGAGUCAGAAGACAGCCAUGCUGCCAAUGUGUUGCAAGAGAGCUUGGGACAAAUUACUGUGCUGGCCAGAGGCAGAUGAUGGAGACACUCUUGCCUUACCAUGUCCAAACAUCCUCUUUCACUUCAUGAAGGAACCAGCUGGGAUAGUAAAAAGGAACUGCACAAAGAAAGGCUGGUCUGACCCAUUCCCUCCCUAUCAUAUCGCUUGUCCAGUAGAAGAUGAGAUUCCACUUGAUGAAAAAUCUUACUUUUCUACUAUAAAGAUCAUCUACACUGUAGGGUACAGUGUAUCGAUCACCUCACUCAUUGUUGCCGUGACAGUUCUUAUUGCAUUCAGGAGGCUUCGCUGUCCCAGAAAUUAUAUCCAUAUACAGCUCUUUUUUACUUUUAUCUUGAAAGCUAUUGCCAUCUUCAUUAAGGAUGCUGUCCUUUUCCAAGAGGAAGACAUUGAUCACUGCAGCUUCUCUACAACUGAAUGCAAGAUCUCAGUUGUUUUCUGUUACUACUUCAUGAUGACCAAUUUCAUGUGGCUGCUAGUAGAGGCUCUUUACCUAAACUGUCUACUACUCUCAUCCCUUUCUCAUGGAAGAAGAUAUUUUUGGUGGCUUGUUCUCUUUGGUUGGGGUUUUCCAAUGCUUUUCACCCUUAUAUGGAUAUUAGCAAAAUUCUACUUUGAAGACACAGCAUGCUGGGAUAUUAAUCAAGGCUCUCCUUACUGGUGGUUAAUCAAAGGACCUAUUAUAAUUUCUGUUGGGGUCAAUUUUGUCCUAUUUAUUAACAUCAUCAGAAUUUUGCUGAAAAAACUAGACCCCAGACAAAUCAACUUCAAUAACUCUUCUCAAUACAGACGUCUCUCAAGGUCAACUCUGCUUCUAAUUCCAUUAUUUGGAACCCAUUAUAUUGUCUUCAACUUUCUUCCGGAAUACACCAGCCCGGGGGUUCGGCUUUACUUAGAACUCUGCAUUGGAUCUUUUCAGGGGUUUAUUGUAGCAGUUCUUUACUGUUUCCUGAACCAAGAGGUGCAAACGGAAAUUGGACGGAGGUGGCAUGGUAAGAAAUAUGGACUUAUGCCAGUGUGGAGAAGGACGAGAUGGACUGUGCCAUCCAGUUCUGGAGUAAAAAUGACCACGUCUGUGUGCUGAAGAUGGCCUCAGGAUCUGGAGUAAUCACAUAUAAAAGCUUAAUUAAGAAAAAAGGUAACCAACCAAACAAACCAAAAAACCCACCAAACAUAAGAAUUGCAGUUUAUACUGAGCAAGUUGGAGGAAGGUCCCCUUCCACAGCAGUUUUUCCACUGGACAAGCAUUUCAGUGACAGAUAAAACACUGACUGGCCUUCUAAACAGCAUCAAUAUGCUAUGCAUCACAGUAAACACAAAUAUAAACUCUUCUUGGUUGACUUCCUGUACACUUUCACCGAUGAACCUUAUAUAAUACAAUGGCAUAAUGUGUCUAGAGAGUGGACACCAACAGUACCCUACAAUGACACCACAGAUGACCAGCUCAGAUAACUGGAAUUCAAUCCUCAUGCAAUGGGAGAUGGAGUCUACACAGCUUGUUCAAAUUUUGUUCCUUGUUUUGAUUCAGUAGAAAUGCAAAUAAGAAACCAAAUGCCCUGUUAAACAGCAGCACAUUGACUAAGAAGUCCUCUGAUACUGUCUUUUUUAUUGUCUCUUCAAAAGUUUCAAAGUUCACAAUAACACACAAUGCACUUUUGUAUUCUAAUGUUGUUUCAGUAGCUGCAUGUUAGAGAAGUUCUGAUACCCAAGUAGCAGUAAGUAGAAGUGUUGGGAAGGACAAGGCUCUGUAAGAUAAACAUUCAGGAAUUACUGCAUUUUGCAAGUAAGUUAAAAAGAAAAGCAAACUUUUGCACAGAAAGAGAAUGAGACC